CGCUACAGCUUGCUCGCUCGAUUGGGCUGAAGAACGCCGAAACGGGCCACUCACAUACUCGCGCUCCCUUCAAAGAACCACCAAGUAACCAAGGAACGAUACAAAAUGACCAUUGGCAACUCCAUACCGAUCGAUGUCUCUCUUCUUGAGGAUCUUGAACAAUCUGCGCUACAACUCUCCUCGCAGCUCGACGAGCUUCUCGACAGUCUGCACUCACACCUUCAGAAGGCUGCAUCGACAACAUUAGAGUCCGUCAAGAUAUACGAAUCAACCUUAGUCGACGGCGUCUGUGGUCAGGUCGCUGCCUGUGUCGAGCAGACCACGGAUCUAAUCAGUCGUUGCGACGAAAUGGACAAGGAUAUGGCCUCCAUAACCGCCAUUGCCAGACAAGUUAAAGCAAUCAGGCAAGCAGUCGAUAGCCUAGGCGCGGCCGUAAAGUAGCUUCAGUCGUGAUUCACAUAAUAAAAAUGUAC